UAUAGGGAUAGGGCCUUCAAAGGAGUGGCUGACCUCAUCAAGCUCCUCCCCACUGGUACUGUCUUCCUCUUCCAAUUCCUCAAUCCUCUAUUAACCAACACCGGCCAUUGCGGCACGGUCAACAAGUACUUGAGCGGCGUCCUCCUCGCCGUCUGUGGCUUCUCUUGUUGCUUCUCCUCCUUCACUGAUAGCUACAUUGGUAGCGAUGGCAAGGUCUACUAUGGGUUGGCGACGAAGGAUGGGCUGUGGUCUUUCUCCGACCCGAACGCUGGCUCGAAGGACCUCUCCAAGUACAAGCUAAGGUUUGGAGAUUUUGUUCAUGCAUUCCUCUCUCUGGUUGUGUUUUCAGUGAUUGCACUCUUGGAUGACAACACAGUGUCAUGCUUUUAUCCGUCUUUCGAGUUGGAGGAGAAGACGCUGCUCAUGGUCUUGCCCACCGUGGUAGGCGGCCUAGCUAGUUCUGUGUUCAUGAUUUUCCCCAACAAUCGACAUGGAAUAGGGUAUGCUCCAACAGGGAUCACAGACGAUUCUGACUGAAUUCUGGAAACCAACUCAUGCUUCAGGGUACGUGAUGGUUCAUGUCAAAGAGUGUGUAUUGUUUGUUUGAAAGAAGAGGAAGGCAUGGUUCCAUUUUCCUCUCAUAUGCACUAAUCCAAUCAGUAAAUCAAAGAUUAUGAUUUACUAAGUUCGUUUGAUAAAGUACCAUGUUUGCAGUGCUUGUUCCAUUUUCUUUCAUGUAUUGACGUGCACAGUACUUGUAUUUAUCUGCAAUGUUUGAUC